GCGGCCGCCGCAGUGGUCGCGUGCAGGUGGUGCGGGGUGCGCGGCCGGUCUGCCGCGGGUGACGGACGCGCGGACGGGAGAGCGCCGAUCGCUGGCUGCUGUGACCGUGCUGUGGUGGCCCGCUCGGCGGUGUCGGUCGGUGAUUGCUGAGCCGGGCCCGUCGUCGAUAUGAAGGAGACCGCCGACACGGACGCCGACAGGCGGGAGUCCGCCUCCGGUCUGGAGAUGGAGGACGAGGCGGCGCUGGGCUUCGAACACACCCUGAUGUACGGUCGCUACUCCAAGGACCUCGGCCAGUUCGCGAAGACGGAGUCGAAGCGGCUGCGGGCGGUCGAGAAGCAGCGCCGCGACGACGACAAGCAGCGGCGCAAGGAGCUGCUCUACUACCGCGGCAAGUGGAGCCGCCGCGCCGGCCGCACCUUCGGCGUCCUCUGGCGCAACACGUUCGCGCGCCUCGGCGAGGACUGGGUGUUCCUCUGCGUGCUGGGCGUCCUCAUGGCCCUCAUCAGUUUCGUGAUGGACUACGGGAUCGCCAUGUGUAACCGAGCUCGGAUCUGGCUGUACCGCGACCUGACCACGCACCCGGUGCUCCAGUACAUAUCGUGGGUCACGCUGCCCAUCGCGCUGAUCCUGUUCUCGGCCGGCUUCGUACAAAUUGUCUCCAGGUCGGCCAUAGGCUCUGGUAUUCCUGAAAUGAAGACGAUCCUGCGCGGCGUGCCUCUGGGCGAGUACCUGACGUUCCGCACUCUGGUGGCCAAGGUGGUCGGCCUCACCGCCUGUCUCGGCUCCGGCAUGCCGCUGGGCAAGGAGGGUCCUUUUGUCCACAUCGCUAGCAUCGUGGCCACCUUGCUCACGAAGCUCAUCACCUCCUUCAAGGGCAUCUACGAGAACGAGAGCAGGAACAGCGAGAUGCUGGCGGCGGCCUGCGCCGUCGGCGUGGCCUGCAGUUUCGCGGCUCCAAUCGGAGGCGUCCUGUUCAGUAUUGAGGUAACAUCGGUGUACUUUGCGGUGCGCAACUACUGGCGAGGGUUUUUCGCGGCUGUCUGCGGCGCCAUGGUGUUCCGGCUGCUCUCGGUGUGGUUCCAGGACGAAGAGACUAUAACGGCCUUGUUCAAGACUGAUUUCAAGGUGGACUUUCCGUUCGAUCCCCAGGAGCUGUUUGUGUUCGCUCUGAUUGGGGUUGCCACCGGCCUGAUGGGUGCCCUCUACGUGUGGGUUCACCGGAAGUACGUCAUGUUCAUGCGCCAAAACAUGUGCAUGAAGAGCUUCUUACGGCAAAAUCGGUUUCUGUACCCGUUUUUCGUGGCGCUGAUGGUGUCGUCGGUGACGUUCCCGCUCGGAGUGGGGCAGUUCCUGGCCGCCGAUCAGACCACCCACGAUCAGGUGCUGGACCUAUUUUCUAACUUUACCUGGUCGUCGGAUAAUCUGGAGAUCGAUCAGGCAGAGGUGGUGGCCCACUGGACCAACCCCUACACCAACUUCUACAUCAACCUCUGCAUCUACAUCGGCGUCACGAUGUGCACGGCCGUGGUGGCGUCCACGCUGCCGGUGCCGGCCGGCACCUUCAUCCCCGUGUUCAAGAUGGGCGCCGCCUUUGGCCGGCUAGUCGGCGAGUGUAUGGCCAACCUGUUCCCGCGCGGCUUCCGCUACGGCCACCACAUAUCGCCCAUCCUGCCAGGUGGCUACGCCAUCGUGGGCGCGGCGGCUCUGGCCGGCUCCGUCACCAACACCAUCUCCACGUCCGUCAUCGUGUUCGAGCUGACCGGCCAGAUCACGCACAUCCUGCCCGUCAUGAUCGCCGUGCUGAUCUCCAACGCCGUCUCACAGCUGCUGCAGCCUUCCAUCUACGACAGCAUCAUUCAGAUCAAGAAGCUGCCCUACCUGCCGGACAUCGUCACCUCGACACACGCGUACUCCGUGUACGUGGAGGACUUCAUGGUACGGGAGGUGAAGUACAUCUGGCACGGCAUCACCUAUCGACAAGUGCGCGACAUUCUGCGCGAGAACAAGAAGCUCUCCAGCGUGCCGCUGGUCGACUCGCCUGAGUCGAUGGUCCUGCUGGGCAGCGUGCGGCGGAAGCAGCUGGUGGUGCAGCUGGAGACGCACCUGGGCCGGGACCGCAGGAUGGAGGUGGUGGCCAGAUGGCAGCGGGCCGCCCAGAGGAUUCAGCUGGCCAAGCACAACCACAACUGGAAGGCGCUGGUGCAGCUGGCCAAGGGUGAGCAGGUGGACGCAGCGCGCGAGGAGCGGCGCGCCACCCUCUCGGCACAGCUGGCGCCAGAACUACCCGAUGACGAGCGCGAGCGGCGCCGAAUCGACGACGAGGACGACGUGGUGGGCGUGUCGGGGGCACGCGUGGCGCACAUUGAGAGCGCUGCCGACUUUGGCGACGUGUCGCCGCCGGCGCCGGAGCGGCUGGAGCGGCGGCCGUCGCGGUUCGCCGUGACGCCGGUGCCUAGUGAGGAGGCCGGCGGAGCGGCGGCGGCUCCGGCGGCGGCUCCGGGAGCGGACAGGAACGUCCGGCGGCUCCCGGCGCUGGCCGCUGAAGCCCAUUCUGAAGAAGACGGGCUCGUUCUCGCUGAAGUCGGCCAGUCCGCCGAACACUGUGUCGGCUGGGAACUAUGCCACCGUCACCGGCUCCAGCGACGGAAGGUGAGCCGUGCAGCCGAGACUCGUCCAACUACUCAGUUCACCUAUAUCGGCUGCGGACCGCCAUAG